AUGUUCAGGUCACAAGUCUUUCCCAGCGCGAAGAGGCUGCAAUGUAAAGCGAGAGCAGGUGUUUGGAAUGAUUACAGUGGAGAAUUAGAAGAUCUUGUGCAAAACCUCCUCGACACCCACCAGGACCAGCCGACCGAAGUCAGACGCCGAGACCAGGUCAAGAUCAUCACCACUCCCUGGACCAACACGCAGACGCCGAAGCACGCGUGUCAGUCGAGGCGGGAGUCCAAAUGGCUUCACUUUAGGGCAUCGAGGACAUAG